GAUUGACCUCUAAUUCGCAGCACAUGGCCGCUCUCAAGACGCGUGCCUCGCCCCCGAUAAGGUGCUGGGGUGCGUGGGCUACACCGCGAGCCGCGCUAGCCUUGCAGGAGCAGCAUAGGGUCCGCGAUAGAUCGAUAGCCAGAGUUCCCAUCUGCCACUGUAACCGCCGGAACAGCAGUGGUAGUGGUAGCAGUGUUAGUGCUGGGGCGGGGACUUGUUUACCUCUACGUCGGAACGAAGCAGCAGCGUCCGCUUCAACAGGAGAGACGAGGGGCCGAGUGGGAUGGGGCGGCAGCGGGCCCGUGGUGCUGGCAAUGUCCACUGCCGCUUCGAGCGAGGGCAAUGAGGGCCACGGCGACGUGUGGAGAGAUUCGGCACUCAGAUACGCCGGGUACGCCAACGAGGUCGGGGAGUCGUUCCGCAAUAUCGCACCCAGGCUGGUCGUACCGUCAUACGCUGUCAGCAUUGCCUACGUCUGCGGAGACACAGUUGACAAGGCUUACAAGGACUACACGAACGGGAAAGGCAUGGUGACCGUGGGAAAGACGGGCCUCGACGUUCUGCUAUGGCAGUCGCUCGCGAGCGUUGCUGUGCCGGGCUUGACCAUCAACAUUGCGGUAAAGGCGGCGAGUGCUGCGAUGGCCAGCGAUCACACGAAGAGCCUCUUGCCAAAGCUGGCGAGAAAGUGGGUGCCUACCGCUGUGGGGUUGGGAAUAAUCCCCUUCAUUGUUACCCCUAUCGAUGACGCCAUAUCGUGGGGAAUGGACAAAACCGUUCGAACGUGGCUCGCUUAAACAAGAGACCAUGUAGUUUAACUCAUUUGGUUGUAACCCUGGAACUGCAGCUAGUUUUGAUAGCUGCCUUCCAUGCUGCACUCUGUCUGGAUAGGGUUCCUCACCCACAGCGCUCUCACAUGUGCCUCGAGUGUUCUCUUUAAAUUCGGCCUCCCCAAGUAGUCUGUUGGUGUUGUCAGGUGUGCAGUAAUGUUCUGAUAGGUCCCUUGAUCCUGUUUGUUAGUUUCUUGUCCGAGGAUAAAUAGUGUAUGGGCUCGGGAAAAUAUGGUGUAAAUCGUUGGGUACCACCCACUGACGCGGAUCGCUUGCAAGACAACUUGACGCUGCAUGAUCUAUAUUUGGCGGAUUGAGUACCGUGCAAU